AUGACGGGCAUCGCCUCAAAGAAGGUCGAGGUGCCAGCUGUCGAUGCAAUGCCGCGAGACCGUCAGUCUUUCUUGAAGACCCUGUUGACGCGCAAUGGCGGCACCAUUGUUGACAAAGAGUCGGUAUUCCAUUAUGCUACGUGCGUGGACUCGCAGUGUGCGCGCUGUAAGUUCGUGGUCCACGCUGACAUCUGGAAGACCGAGCUGCCGCUAGGAGACGCGGGGCCACUCGCCGCUACCACGUGGUUGCAGUGGCGGGAUUACGGCGCUGGGUGCGUUGCCUGCAACGCUGCUGGCCUGAUCGGCCACAUGGCGACCUUUAGCGUGAACACGACGGCCGCCCUCCAGCUGUGUCACCUGAAGAGGCACCAAAGUUCGGAUGCGCACAAUCAAGCCGCAUCAGCGUAUAAUGAAAACAGUGCGGAGCUCCUGGCUGGCGCAGGGGCGCCAUCUGCUGAGGCCUUCGAGACUUUGCUGCGGGAGUUGCCGAAAGGCGUCUCACCUACUGCGGGCAUGCACGGAGUUGGGCAGAAACACAAGAUUUCAAAAAUGAUAUGGUGUUUGAGGGAAGCUAUAUCAGACAUCGAUAGGGACUUCCUGGCUCGCAGCAUGUGCACGACGCUCUUCCGGGACGAGCGCCAUGGGAGAUUGGCGCUUCGGUUUUCAGCAAUCGACGCGGACCUGAAUGUCCGCCACGGGCGGCUUGGGCAGCGCAAGCACUUCGGCACGGGGGCCUUGGCGAUCACCAACGCGACCCGCAACGUGAUGAUCCGCGCCAUGACGGCCGGCUACAACAACCUGGUUGCCACUGUCCGGAUGGUUGCUGUGGACUGCGCGUCGGACGAGAUCAAUUCUGUGAGGUGUUGCGCUGAGUUCCUUUUCAAGAUUGACACUCGCACAUGCGUGAUGCUAGCUCUGAUGGCCGACGCGAGCGACGACGCGCUGUCCUUCACCAGGGGCGUUGAUAGCUGGGAGAACUUCGACCCGUCAGCUCUCAAUGCUGAUGUGUACUGCUUCUUGAUUCGGAUCGUGGAAUUGUACAUGGAGGGCAGAGUGUGCACGAUCUUGUCGUACACGAAGUACAUGCUGGAUUGCCUGAGGCAGUUUCCGAUAGUUGUCCCGUCGGGGACCGAUAGUUCCGAUUACAAGACGAUCGGGGACCGCAACGGCGUCCCUCAGGCUAUCAUCCAGAGCUGCCUGCAUAGCCUGUCUCGCUGGGUCAAGCUGUGCGUGCACGUGAUGCGCGCGGAGUUUCCCGACUUUGAGCUUAUUCAGCGGUUCUCCGUGUUCAACCUGGACGCCGAUGCGGCAUCCAGGCGCGGCGGCCGCGAGCACGAGGCGGCGCGACGCCGCGACAUCGCUGUGCUCGCGAACGCCAUGGGCGUGGGCGAGGCUGACCUGAGGAACGAGCUGGACGCCCUCGCACCAGUGGCCCGGCAACGCAGGACGCAGACUGGCGCGAACACUUUGGAUUCUUGGAUCGCGGCCAUACGCCGCGCGGAGUCACGCAAGUCCAUGUCGUCGGCGCACCCGGCGCACACCAUCAGGGAAGGGAUCUACCGCUUGGCCAUGUUCAGGGCCUGCACGUCCAAGGUCGAGCAGGACUUCUCCAAGAUUGACGAGGUGCUUGGGUCGAAGCGCCUGAACGGCGUGGGCUCCACGGAGGACGACGUCAUCAAAGUCGUCCUGGACACGCCCGAGGACCCCGAGGAGUUGUCUGACGUCAUCGUGAGAGCCCGCGUCAUCUGGCGGGAGUGCUUGGGCGUGAGCCGUCCUGGGGACGGGCGGGGUCGCAGAUUUGAUUUUGGCGUUCUUGCGAAACGCAAGCUGGGCGGCUCCGUGGGCCAGACCCAUUGCAAAUUCGCCGGGAAGGAUUUCGUGCAUGCGCGACGUCAAGCUGCAAUCGAGGUGGCGGAGUCCGUCGAGGUGGCCGAUGCCCUCGACAAGAUCGAUGCUGCUGGAUCUGCCGUCCUGCCUGGGUGGACAACUAAGCACGACAAGGAGCUUGCGUUCCAGAUGGCGAAGCGGGACCACCGCUUGAGGGAGGCAGUUCAUGCCGGUCAUGUUUUCAACCCAGAUGCAGACUUGGUCGAGGAGGCAGCCGCGCAGACAGCUGAAGAGAAAAAACGAUCUGUGGCGGCGGCCAGGAAAGCAGCACGCCAGCGAGAGCAACUUAGACCUGGCGACCUUGGUGACCUCCAAGGCCAAGCUGUGUUUUUUCUUCACCAGUCUGAGGCCUGCGACAGGCAGGCUGCUGCACUGCGCAUGCGCGUUUUGCCAGCGAUGAUUGCAGGCGACGCGGUCGCUCGCGUCGUCGUGGCGGCCGACGUGUCCCAGAUCCCUGAGUUCGUUGAGGUGUGCGUCCGGAUCCUCGGGGGCAGUCUGGUCACGCCCGAAGUGUUCCAAGGCCUACGGAAAGGCCCGUGUCUGACGUUUUUCGCAGCCGCGUCUCUGGUGAAUAGAGAGAUCUGGAUAUCGGCCAGGUUUAGGGCCGCGAAGCCUGACAUUGCACGAUUGUUGGAUAAGGCCGCCCAGAGCGACCAGAGCAAGUGGGCCAUCAUCGCAUCAGUUGCUGAGUUCGAGGCAGCGCGGCACGCUGCCAAAAUGAAGUCUGGAGUUCUAGGCCUAGCUACUGCUGUGGAGGUGUCUGCAAUUAAGACUGCUAUGCCCGCGCACGCAAAGCACGUAUUUGAGUUGCCCGCGUUUCUUGCUUACAACUCCAAGCUCGACAGGGGUCG